AUCAGGUUACCCUCAGGGCUUUGAAUUAUUCAGCUGCUGUUAAAAUUUACCAGAGCAGAGUGAUCUAUGAAGCGUCCUCAAAUCCCUUCAGAUAGCAACGCCACGAGCUUGUAGUUUUUAUAUGAACACCACUGCAGAGGUCAUCUGGGCUCAAUCAGCAGUGAGAGUUGACAUUUAAAUCUGAAAACCAUUGGAUCGGAUUUAGUUUGGGAUUAAUUACGUUUUGUUCUUUUUUUCCAGAGCUCAAUAGCUUUAUGUUUUUAUCCUCUUUUGUCAUUUUGAAUAUAUAUACAUGGAUUAUAAAACUUGUUUGAUUAUACAAAAGCAACAAACUGUCUGUGCAGAGUCCUGACAAUCUUUCACAUCUCAACGGACAUAAGAAUCCCCAGCAAGUGCUUUUGAUGAGCUAAUCUAGCGAUCAACGUGUAAUAGAAUCCCUCCGACUGGGAGAUGGCCUUCUUCAAAAGCUUCCAGCCGACCCUGCCGUCUGUCAACAUUUCCUCCAUCCUGGACUCAGUCACCAGUCGUGUGGAUGACUUGGCAAUUGCAGUCAGCGAUGCCACAUAUGCAGUCAGCGACCAGCUCACAGAGCAGGUCUCUACUAUUAUCAACAAGGUGCAGGAGGAAGAGGAGGGGGAAAACAACAGGAGCCAGGAUGCUCGUCAGGCCUCCGGCUCACAAGAAGGAAGGGCUGGCAAUAGAAGCAUGUGGCAAAUGCAAAAAAACUCUGAUUCUGGUCAGACGGGUUUGAAAAACAACCAAACCAACGAUGCAAUGGAGGCACAGAACUCUCAGAGUCAACUAGAGUGGGAAUGGAGGGAUGGAUGCUGGAGAGUUAAAAAAACAGAAGCCGAGUUAGCAGAAGAAGAAAGGAGGAAGGAGGAGGAAAGGGAGAUACAAGAAAGGAGGGAGCAGAGAAGAAAAGAGAGGAGGGAGAGACAGCUGGAGAAAGAAGCCGAAGCUAGAAGAAACAGAGAAGAUGAGGAAGAUGAGGCCUCUGAGAAAACAGCCAGUGGAGACGGACAAGACGGAAAGACAAAUCAGGAUGACGAUCAAAUAUCUGCUCAACAAAAAAGGGAUGUCUCUGACAAUGAAAUGGAAACACAGAUAUCAAAGCAGGAGCAGAAGGGAGAUGGAGAAGCAAAAGAAGAGUUAGAAGCUGUACAAGAGAGCGAGGCAGACAACGAGGAAGAGGAUGAGCCAUCUAGAUCUUCCUCUAAAGUAAAAAAGAGGAAGUCGGAUAAAAAAAAGGUCGAAGACAGUUUGCAUUCAUGUGAGGAGGAUUUAAAAGCAAAGAAAACAAAAGACAAAGGAAAGAAAAGCAAGAAGAAGAAGAAAGGAAACCAAGAUGGAGAUAUUUUAAAGCACGAAGAGGAAAAAAUCCCAGAGGGUGUGACCCAGCAGAAUGUAAGCUCUGCAUGGAGGAAAGGCAAACAGUCCAAUGAGCUGGAAGGAUACAACAGCGAGGCCUCCAGUGAACAGGCUGCCAGCAUUCAGAGGAUAAAGAAAGAUUCCUCACUAACUGAGCUCCAGCCUCCCCCAUACCAUCACGUAAACUCAGGGACACGCAAGUCCUCACGCUACUGUUCAGAACGAGGAGUCAGGAGGCCGUCGUCCCUGCAAAAUUCAGAAAGCCCUCGUUGCUCCAGCGAGGCCAGCAUGGACCAGGAUACUGAGAGUUACCUCAACAAAGGCUGCGAAGAGGACAUUCCCAGUGACAGCACUGCUGUUCUAAGUCCAGAGGAUGGGUCUGGUCUUCAGCUUCCUUCAGCCUAUGAGCCAGAGCCAAUGGCUCAAUACGGCACUCUGGACGUCGCCUUUGAGUACGACUCCACCGAGCAGUGGCUGGCCGUCACUGUGACGGCUGCGACAGACAUCCCCGCUUUGAAGCAGACGGGUAACAUCGCCUGGCAGGUCCACCUGGUCCUGCUCCCCACCAAGAAGCAGCGGGCCAAAACGGGCGUGCAGAAGGGCCCGUGUCCCGUUUUCACAGAAACAUUCAAGUUUUCCAGGGUGGAACAAGAGGCCCUGGGGGACUACGCUGUCCGCUUUCGCCUGUACAGCAUCAGACGGAUGAAGAAGGAGAAGGUGCUGGGAGAGAAGGUGUUCUACCUGACUAAGCUCAACUUGCAGGGGAAGAUCGCUCUACCCGUCACCCUGGAGCCUGGCUCUGAACUUACAGGCUGUGGCUCUCUCGUGAGCGUGUCUCGUAGUGCAGGUGCUCUGUCCUACCGCUCCACCGAAGACUCCUCGCUGCCAGAGAUCCUCCUGGGUCUCCUCUAUAACUCUGCCACCGGACAGCUUUCUGCUGAGGUUAUACAAGGAAGUCACUUUAAAACUACAGCUUCUGAUAAACCUGUCAGUGGUCUGUUUUGUUGUGUGAAGCACUUCGUAGGAGGACAGCUGUAUAUCAUGAGAGACACCUACGUCAAGCUCACCAUGCUGGACUCCAAGGGCAAGGAGAUGUCCAAGCGCAAGACAGCGGUGUGCCGUGGCCAGCCCAACCCCACCUACAAGGAGACGUUCGUCUUCCAGGUGGCUCUCUUCCAGCUGUCCGAAGUCUCGCUGGUGUUGUCUGUGUUCUGCAGGAGGAGCAGCAUGAGGCCCAGGGAGAGGCUGGGAUGGGUCUCCUUAGGCCACAGCAGCACCACAGAGGAGCAGCAAGCCCACUGGACAGAGAUGAGGGAGGCAGAGGGGCAGCAGGUCUGCCACUGGCAUACUCUCACUGACACUUAGGAGGACUGUAGCAAAAGUAAAGAGCAUUUCAAGCUGGGAGAAAAGCAAGAAGCACUGUCUGAGGAGAGUGUCCUUGUGUUGCACAUUGAAGCGAGGAUGGGGUCUCUCUCCCACCCCUCACUGCUGGACUGAAAGGAUACCCUUUAACCUGCCACUUUUGUCUGAUGCAGCCAGUCUGGGCUGAUGAAUAAGGCUUUAUACCUCCAGUUAAAGACUGACACUGUAAUGACAGGAUGUGAAGUUCAGCAAAAAGAAUUCGUUUUUUUUAUAUAAAGAUACUUUUAACAGUAAAAUCUGCAUGCACACCAACUGUUUACAGGACCAACAUGAAAACACUUCCAGAACAGCUUCGGCCUUUGAAUCUCGGACCAAAGAUUUUGGUCCAGGAGCAGCAGACUUCUUCCAAUACUUUCUGGGCUUCAGCUAUCACCAGCAUACCAGACAUUUCUCUACCACUGAAUUAAAAAGAGAAGGCAAUGAGUGGACUGUUAGUCCUGUAACAUGCUGCAACGAUGCUUACAAGCUAUUCUUUUUACAGUACGUUUACAUGCACAGCAUUAUGCAAUUUAAAUGAGUUGGUUUGCCCCCUUUCUUAAAAAUCUCUUGUUUUUACAAAACAAAAAUGUUCUUCAUAUUGUGGACUUACAUAACUGAACACUAUGCAUCUGAUGCCAUUGUAUACAGGAAGGGUCCAAAUGUUCCCUGUCCUCGCCGAGUCUCUUAUAGAAAUGGACACAGCUCUGCAUGCCGCCUGUGUUGAAGGACAGCUUCAUUUCCUGUGCAAUACAAACUGAGCCUGUAUCACCGUUCAGCCUUCUGACAGCUCUUCCAUGUUCGUUCAUGUAGAAACAUGGUGCAUCACGCCGGGCCGAGGAGGAAAAUGCAACAGACGGCACAGUCCCAAUAAAACCCAGCUGUCUGAAAGAGCAGCGCCCACAACGGCCUCAGCUGUGCUUACUGAACCAGAGAGAGGAAAGCAGAGUUAAAGACACAUAAAUCAUAUUUUUUUUUUU